GGCGUACACCGGCAACUACUCGGAGGUCCGGGCGUGUAUUGAGGAGCCGACCUGCCAGGUGUCGAAGGAGGACUGGACAAUUCAGGCGAUAGAGCUGGUGUACAAAGAGCUGAUCGAGAAAGACUGCAUCAGCAAUAUUUCCUGCGGUACGUUCGAGGCAGAGUACAAUGCCACUACGCAUACUUUGAACUACUGCGCCACCAGCGAGUACUGCGACAGGGACCGGCAACAACAAGUUCCUGUGCGGGACCCUCCUCCAGUACGGAAACAUGAUGGAGGCCAACAAUUGCACCGUCCCAUCCUGGGAGCUCCCGCACGCAAUAACUAAGGUGGCCGCGGCGGCCGCGGCGGGGGCCGCGGCGGCGGGGGCCAUGGCGGCGGCGGCGGCGGUGGCCAAGGCGGCGGUCGCGGUGGGCGCUGAGGCGGGCACCAUGGCGGCGGCGGCGGCACUUUGUUCCAGAGACCUCUGGCGGAUCUCGAGGCGCUGGCAGGUGGCCGUGGCAGCGCGAGCGGCGCUAAGCUGCAGCCUCCCUGGGGCGCGCGCGGCGAGGGAAAGAGGCGCCGAGGGGCAGCUCCUCGCAGCGGCAGGGGCGGGUGCGGUCUGGGGAGGAGGGGCCCUCGUCUUGCGUGCUGCCCUCGGCCAGCCGCGCACCAGAGGCUGCCCUGGCUCGGGGUUGCGCUUGCGCUCCGCCGACGGUACAUCGCCGAUGCGCGGGCGGUGCGCGGCGGCGGUCCUCCGACCUCGGCUGCUCGGAGCCCCUGUGGGACGCCUCGCACUCGGACCCCGUGUGACGGGGCCUCUGCUGUCGAGCGGUGGCGAGGCGCCCCUGCCUGCCUGCCGGCACACCAGAGAAUGGGAACGUAGCCCCGUGCGGCUUGCACGUCGUUCGUCCAUCGGCUCCACGUCGUGAG